UAAGAAUUCUAUACAUCAUUUUAUUAGCCUCUUUCUUUGCAAUUCUCAUGGAUUCCUCAUCAUUGUCUUCUAUUGAAUCUCUUGUACAUGUAAUCAAGAAAGAUUUGUUCUCAAACCAAGACAAUUUCAACACUUUUUUUACCAAAACAUCUACCUAUGACAUUGCUUGGUUGGCCAUGAUUCCUUUUAAUAAUCAAGAAAAAGAAGCUAAUGGUCCUAUGUUUGAGAGUUGUCUAAAUUGGAUUCUCAACAACCAAAAUGAGCAAGGGUUUUGGGGUGAAUCAAAUGGUGAAAAUCUUCCCACCAUUAAUACUCUCCCUAUUACUCUUGCAUGCAUGGUAGCACUCAAAAAAUGGAAUGUGGGUGAAAGACACAUAAGAAAAGGCUUGAAAUUUAUUCAUGCAAAUAUGAAUACACUUUUGAAGGAAAAUUCCCAAUGUUUUCCAUGUUGGUUCACAAUAGUUUUCCCUUCAAUUCUUCAACUUGCAAAAGCACAAGGCCUAGAGAUUAUUAUUGUCAAUGGAUCAAACAAAUUGGUAUCUGAUCACAAGCUUUCAUGUCUAGUGGAAAUAAAAAAUGCCUUGAAUACCUCAUGUCAAUUGUUCAAAAGUGUCCCAAUGGAAAGAAUGGGAUUGGCUAAACAUUUUGAAAAAGAAAUUGAACAAAUUCUUGACCAAGUUUACAAUAAUUAUCAAAGAAAUAAUUUUCAGAAUAAUAAUGAGUAUUUAUUAUCAUCAGAAGAAGAAAAAACAAGUGAUGAUUUAGCAGAGAAAUUAUUAAAGGACUCAUUGGCUUUUAGGCUUCUUAGAUUGCAAGGCUACAAAAUAAAUCAAGGAAGUUUUUGUUGGUUUCUUCAACAACCACAAAUAAGAGACAAGACAGAAAAGAACAAAAAACAUUUUACAUAUGUGAUGUACAAUGUUUAUAGAGCCACAGAUUUAAUGUUCAAUGGAGAAUCUCAAAUAGAAGAAGCAAGAUUUUUUGCCAGAAAUUUUCUUGUAAAUAAUGAUAAUUUAUCAUUAUUUCCAGCACUUCAAAAAGUGAUUGAGCAUGAGUUGAAUGUACCAUGGUUUGCUCGAUUAGAACAUCUUGAUCACAGAUUAUGGAUUGAAUUAAAUCAAUCUAUCCCUCUCUCUAUUGCAAAAUCUUCAUUUUAUUGGUUGGCUUAUCUGCAAAAUGAAAAGCUAAUGCAAUUAGCUGUGCAAAACUAUGAAUAUCGACAGUCAAUUUAUAGGAAGGAAUUGGAAGACCUAAAGAGGUGGUCAAAAGAGAAAGGCCUUGUAGAUAUUGGAUUUGGGAGAGAAAAAACUACUUAUUCUUAUUUUGCAAGUGCAGCAAGUAGUAGUAGUUUUCUACCUUAUGAAUCUUUUCUUAGAUUAAUUGUUGCAAAAUGUUCCAUAGUUAUUACUGUUGCUGAUGAUUUUUAUGAUGAAGAAGCCUCUUUAAGUGAACUCCAUAUCUUAAGUGAGGCAAUACAAAGGUGGGAUGCAAAGAAUCUUGAUGGACCAAGUAAGAUCAUAUUUGAAGCACUUGAUGAUCUUGUGUGUGAUGUCGCCAAAAUGUAUCAUCUUCAACACAAAAUUGACAUCACCCCACAACUUCGACAUAUGUGGAAGGAGACAUUUGAUGCAUGGAUGAUGGAAAGCUUAUGGAGUAGAACUUCAAAUUUGCCAUCUAGGGAUAAAUAUCUACAAGUUGGCAUGAUAUCAAUUGGUGCACAUAUUUUAGUUCUUCAUGCUGCUUCUCUUGGAUGUUCAAUUUUGCCAAAUCAAAUGUUUGGGCCAAUUAAUGGCCAAUAUGAAAACAUUACAAAGUUGCUCAUGACCACAACUCGUUUGUUGAAUGACAUCCAAAGCUAUCAAAAAGAAAGGGAAGUUGGGAAGAUGAACUACACAUUGCUUCACUUUAAUGAAAACCCUAGGGGACAAAUUGAAGAUUCAAUUGAUUUUGUGAAAGUGAUCUUGGGAGAUAAAAAGAAAGAAUUUCUUGAAAAUGUUUUAAUGGAUGGAUUCAAUGAUAUGCCAAGAACAAUGAAGCUCCUUCACCUUUCUUGUUUAAAUGUGUUUCACAUGUUCUUCAAUUCUUGCAAUUUAUUUGAUACAAAAUCAGCAAUACUUGAAGACAUAAUGAGAGCUAUUUACAUUCCACUUGGUCAAAAAGAACAAACUCAAAUAAUGCCACUUCAAGAAAAGAAGAAAAAGAAAAAGAUUGAGAUUGUCAAAGCCAAUGCAUGUGUCAAUUAUGAGAAAAACAUGAAACAACAUGGUGGUAUUGGGAUAAGUUUUGUUAAAAGGCAAAAUCCAAAGAAUUAUAAUUCUUUUGGUUGGUCUACAAAAGGGUUUGCUUCACAUAACCUAAGAUUAUGUUUCAUGUAAUUGUUGAAAAUAUUAUUAUAGUGAAAGAGUGAUUGCAAAAGUAACUCUUGCAAGGAAUUGGG